GUUGCUGUCAGACUGAAGAGAGGGACAAUAAAUCUAGUUCACUUAUUUCUCUCCUCCACACACAGCACACACUGUAAUCAUGCAGCACUGGACCGCCUGUGUGUUACUUUUAUUCUUGGUGUUUUGUGAAGUCUCGUCGGAGAGGGAAAAAAAGACAGUCCAAACUCUCUCAAGAGGCUGGGGCGAUGACAUCAACUGGGUUCAAACAUAUAAUCAGGGAUUGACUGAAAUGAUUGAAAGUAAAAAGCCUUUGAUGAUCAUUCUUCAUUUGGAGGAUUGUCCGCACAGUAAAGCUCUGAAAAAGGCUUUUACUGAACAUGAAUCUAUUCAAAAACUGGCCAAAUCAGAUUUCAUCAUGCUCAAUUUAGUGCAUGAAACGAAUGAUAUUAACCUGGCCCCUGAUGGCUUCUAUGUCCCCAGGAUCAUGUUUGUUGAUCCCUCACUGACUGUGCGAGCUGACAUUGUUGGAAAGUACGUCAACCGAAUGUACACUUACCAGCCAAACGACAUGGACUUCUUGGAAGACAACAUGAUGAAAGCCAAGAUGUUGCUCAAGAAUGAGCACGAGGAACAUGAUGACCUGUGAUGGGUACAGAACCUGAAAGAUGACAUCUUACCCUCUUUCAGAUGUGACAAGUUUUCAAGAAACUUCUACGGAAGAAAAAAAAACUUAAAUGGAAAUUUCUAGAAUUUUGUACACAGUAUACAUGUUUCUCUUUGUAACUAGCCAUUUCCAAAUGUGAAUAAAAUCAUUUAUCAGU